AUGUCUCAAGAAUUAGAAGCCCGCAUCUCUAAUGCCUUAUCAGCAUGCUCUGCUACCCAGAAACCUAACGUUUCAGCGAUCGCCCGAGAAUUUGGCAUUACGUCUAGCAUACUGAGGGGCCGCCUCAAAGGUCAUAAGUCUAGAAACGAUCGUAUCCCAACCAACAAAGCAUUAGACCCCGAGCAAGAGAAGGCAUUAAUUCUAUGGAUUGAUACCUUGGACCAGGCCUAUUCUCCCCCGACCGCAGGGCAAAUUCAGGCUGCUGCUCUACAAAUUGUUCGACGUCAUGAACCCGCCCGCACGCUCGGAAAAAACAGGGCGUACGACUUUAUCGCCCGUCUACCUUCACGCUUUGAGACUAUUAAGCAAAAGCCGAUGGAAAAGGCACGAUAUGAAGUCUGUGAACCUGGUUAUAUUGUUUCUUGGUACGAUCGCCUACAAAUUACGCUCAAAACCUACGGAAUUGCACAGAAGAAUCUAUACAAUUUCGACGAAACUGGGUUUCGAAUUGGCGAAGGCAAGGCCUAG